CCCGCUGGGAGGAAAGAAAGUAAACUCCAGAAACUCCUAAUAUCCAAAUCUCUGAUCCUCCUCUCUUUCUUCAAUAUCCCACAGCAACCACUACAUAAACCUCGCUAUGUCUACAGUCCCUCUUCAACCGACUGAUCUAUAUGGCGGCGCAAUGCGAAUAUCCCUUCCCGAGGGUUUCAUCGACGCAAGCACGCUUCGCCAGAUCCCAGAUCACCAAGAAGUCUUUGUUUCUUCAAACGCCAGCACAUCGCAGGACGACAGCAUAAUAAUCGAGCUUGUUGAGCGACUAGAGAAGGAGUCUGAUAAGCAGGCUGUCUUAGCACAUCUUGAUGAGAUUUUGGAGAUCAAUAGUCCUGGAUAUAAGUUUGGCGCUGACCUCGAUAACCGGGAGGAUUCAGUGAUCCAGAUCCCUUCUCCUACAGCAUUACAAUCCUCUUCUGCAUACCUAAUAGUCGACUCCCGACAAGCCCAAAAAUGGGCCACAACCUCGUCCUCCAAGCCCAUGCACCUAUCUCUAGCCCUCGCAGUGAUUCGCUUGACAUCUCCCACCAGCACAGAUAUCCUGGUCACUCUGAAUUCCGGUGUCGACACUCAGGAGCAUUCUCUGUCUUCAGAAGAGCAAGCAGCGCUCGCAGAAACGCUCAAGAGACUGGCUACCUCCAUUGUUGCUUCUUUGGAGGUUCGUGACUGGGGUCUCUUCGGUGAGGAAUAGCGAGAGAUGGCCAGUUGAUUCAUUGAUUGUUGGAUAUCAACAAUUGGGCGCUGAGUUGGAUUGAGCCAUUUUACUGUGACUCAGAUCACCAGAUCAUUUCAUAUCAACUAUAAUGAUGGGAUACGAUCGAGAUGAAAGACUGCCAUACGUUCUUCCGAUGCAAUGCAGUUUCGAGUCUCCAGUCGAGAAGCCUCAUGGUCUUCAGUAUCAACUGAGAGGACGAUUCAAUGUCUAUUUAGCUGCUCUCAUGCUCUAUAACGUUCCUAUCCACAUCUGAAAUACAUAUGCCGAUCUCUGGCUGGUCAUCGCUAGAUCGUACUGACCCCAUGCAAGCGCGCACACUGGAUCCCAAAACGAAAAUCCAACAUCAGAAAUAAAAAAGAAAUCAACAAAAGUAUUCAAAACCAAUAGAAAUAAAAAGAUAUAAAAUAAAUAGAAACAAAAAAAAAUUUCGAC